GCGUUACAGAUGGACAGACUGCUUAAAUGUCCCAUUUGGGGAUGAAGAGACAGACUGGAUGGGUUGGUGUGUGCUCGUGGAGCAGAGAGAAAGGGGGAAUACACUUGUGCCUUAAAUUGGUCUGAUUCCUCGUCUCGGAUUACCCGACUCUGUGAUUAUUAUGGCUAAGCUGGUGGAGUGUGUGCCAAACUUCUCAGAGGGCCGGAACAAAAAGGUGAUUGAUGCCAUAGGAGAGGCCAUUUCCAGCACGGAGGGAUGCAGUCUGCUCAACGUGGACCCUGGAUCCUCCACCAACCGUACAGUCUACACCUUCGUAGGCUCGCCACAGGCUGUGGUGGAGGGUGCAUUGAACGCUGCACGCACUGCCUUCCCACUCAUUGAUAUGACCAAACACUCAGGGGAGCAUCCACGGAUGGGCGCCAUGGACGUGUGUCCCUUCAUCCCUGUCCAGAAUGUCACUAUGGAGGACUGUGUCAACUGUGUCAACAUUUUUGCCCAGCACUUAACAGAUGUGCUGCAUGUACCUGUGUAUCUUUAUGGAGAAGCAGCGAGGAAGGAGAACAGGAGAUCUCUUCCCUCUGUCCGGGCAGGAGAGUAUGAGGCCUUGUCUGAGAAAUUGAAGAGGACAGAGUGGGCUCCUGACUAUGGCCCUGCCACCUUCGUGGCCUCCUGGGGAGCUACAGUAGCAGGUGCUCGCAAAUUCCUGGUUGCCUACAACAUAAACCUCCUCAGCACCAAGGAACAAGCCCAUCGGAUCGCACUAGAUAUCCGGGAACAAGGCAGAAACAAAGACCAGCCGGGUCUGAUGAAGAAGGUGCAGGGAAUGGGAUGGUACCUGGAAGAGGCGAACAUAGCCCAGGUGUCCACCAACAUCCUGGACUUUGAGCUGACGCCCGUCCACACUGUUUACGAAGAGAUCUGCAGUGCGGCCAAGGACCUGAACCUGCCAGUGGUGGGCUCUCAGAUUGUAGGCCUCAUGCCUCUGAGAGCCGUGCUGGACUGUGCUGAUUUCUACAUCCAGAGAGACAGGCUCUUCAUUGUGGAGGAGGAGCACAAAGUCCGUCUGGUCAUCAGUAAACUUGGGCUUGAUUCACUUGGGCCUUUCGUCCCCAAAGAGAGAAUCAUAGAGUACAUGGUGGAGAGGACUGAGGAGGACAAGCGUUUGGUGUCUCUGUCUCUGCAGCAGUUUGUCCGCAGCGUGGGAACCAGAACCGCUGCUCCAGGAGGAGGGUCAGUCUCUGCUGCCGUCGCUGCAAUGGGGGCUGCUCUGGGAGCCAUGGUGGGUCAGAUGACCUAUGGCAAGAGGCAGUUUGAUAGCCUGGACAGCAUCAUGAGGAGACUCAUCCCUCCCUUCCAUCAGGCCAUGAAUGAACUGCUGGUCAUGGUGGACGCAGACUCCAAGGCAUUCAGUCGCUACAUGGCUGCAUUGAAGAUGCCAAGGAACACAACAGAUGAAGUUAAAAGGAGGGAAGCUGCCAUGCAGGAGGGUCUGAAGCAGGCCGUGGCGGUCCCACUGUCUCUGGCUGAACGAGUCAACCUGCUGUGGCCUUGUCUAAAGGAAAUGGUGAUCUACGGAAACGUGGCCUGCAAGUCUGACCUCCAGGAUGACGCUGGAGAGACGAAGCAGGUACGGGGAGUAAAACAAUAAAUAAAUAACGGACAUGGAACGAGACAAAAAACAAUUAAUGCUGCAGCGGGGAACAGAGCUGGGGAACUGACAAAUAUAAGGGAGGAAAUAAACAGGUGAUGGCUGAGUCCAGGUGAGUCCAAUAUCGCUGAUGCGCGUGACGAGGGAAGGCAGGUGUGCGUAGUAAAUGGAAGGAGUGCGUGAUGCAGGGCAACCUGGCGCCCUCAGGCGCCAGGGGGUGGAGAGCGGGAGCAGACGUGAAAGUGCCAACUGCUUAUACUCACAUACCACCCUACUGGCAUACUGUAAAACAACAUUUCAAAACGCCAGGACACCCAUAAGUGUCUCCAUGAAGUAUGGUUGCAAAACGUUUUCUGACAGAUGCCCCAGAGCUAUGACAUGCAUUAUACUGUAAACAGCCUACAAAAACAUCUUCCUUAUAUGGUUCUUUUUCGUGGCGUUGCAGGUAGCAGCUAAAGCCCUGGAAACAGCAGUGUUUGGAGCCUACUACAACAUUGUGAUCAACCUCAAGGAUAUCACAGAUGAGUCCUUCAAA